CCCCUCCGCUCCCUGCGGGCCGCGUCAGGCGUGGGGUGCGCGGGCCGCCGGGCGGGCCCGGGCCGGAGCCGCCGCCGCCGCAGCAGCAGCAGCCGCAGCCGCAGCCGGGCGGCCGCGCUCGCCGAGCAGCGGGAGGGCCGCGCCGCUCACCUCUCAGCCCGGGCCGCCGCUGCCCUCCUGUCCCCGCCCGGCCGCCGCCAUGGCGGAGACCGAGGAGCGGAGCCUGGACGACUUCUUCGCCAAGCGGGACAAGAAGAAGCGGAAGGAGAAGAGCAGCCGAAGUGCCGCCGCCGCUGCCGCCUCUAGCGCUUCCAACGCCGGCUCCAACGCGGCGGGCGCGGCCGCGGGGACCCCGCGACCCACCGAGGGCGGCGGCUCCGGGGCCGCCGCCGCCUCCAGCGCCGCCGGCGGCUCCUCGGCCAAGGCGGCGAGCAAGGAAGAGGAUGAUUGGAAGGAGUUUGAACAAAAGGAAGAAAUUGAUUAUAGUGGUCUUAGAGUUCAGUCCAUGCAAAUAAGUGAAAAAGAAGAUGAUGAAAGUGAAAAAAGAGAAGAACCUGGUGACAGUUGGGAAGAGACUGGUAGUGGUGGUAAUGUAGACAGAUCAUCUGGUCCUUGGAACAAGUCAGCUCCUGCACCAGCCCCUGUCGUUGAACCAAUUGUUACAGAAACUCCAGAACCGGUGCAGACGGGUGGCGUGUACCGGCCGCCAGGUGCCAGGGAAGGCGGGCGGCCACGGAGAGCGCAGCAGGGACCACCAGAGAUCUACAGUGACACGCAGUUCCCCUCGCUGCAGUCCACCGCCAAGCUCGUAGACAGCCGAAACCUAACAACUUAUUCGCUUUCUUGACUGCAACUACACAGUGAGCAGAUGUCUUCAUCAAGCUGCCCCUGGUGAUGCCUAGAUCGUCCCCUUGAAAGAUCACAACUAAUUCAGACUCAUGUCACAACUUCUACCAGAGCAUGUAUGAGUGGUUUGAAACCUUUCCAGUAUUUAUUGCCUUGGUUUUUCCUGUUGACAACUCACCUGCCCCUGAUUUGCCAAAUUUAGACUAAUUUAGAAUAUCCUGUCAAUCACCAGUAACUUCCAUGGGGAUCGGCUUUUGCCAUUCGAUGUACUGAAGUCUUCAGUAUCAUGUAUAUAAUCCACUCUUCUGGCAGCGAGUAGCAUGGCAAACUCUCACUAAUUUUUGCUCAAUCUGAUGUUUUCUAGUCCUUUUCAUGUCUCCUAUAUUCUGUACUGAAUUUCCAUUCUAGCUCAGUUACAGCAAUGAAGUCAUCACAUUACAUCCAUCUGCUUUAUUUCAAGUAACUUGCCUACGGAAAACCGUAGGCAAGUUAAAAUAUUAUCAUAAGCUUCCUUUUUUAAUUAAAACAAACCACUUAUUUUGUAUAUCUUUCAGAGUAUGUACAGCCAUAGCAAAGGGAUUCAAACCAUAAAAACUGGCUGAUACAAUAAACAAAUUUUUUGAGAAAAAGACAAAAUAUGUGUAUGGUCUCCCAGACCUUAAACUCACUGGUUUCAAUGGAGUUAUUUCUGUCACACAAAGUCAGUUUCAUUAACAUUUGAUUUGAGAUCAGAGAUUUGGGAUCAUUUGGCAUUUAGGUGUGACAGCCAGAAUCAAGUGCCAGUGAACAAGCCCCAUAGAAACUUGUUUUAAAUUUCUGGAUAAUUCUCCUCUUUGUGCCAGAGAUGAAGCAGAUGCAUUACUGUUACUUAGUCUCUGACCAGCACCACAUGAGCUCAGCCAUGCUCAAUCUAAUAUACCUGGAGUAGUAUUUAACUGGAUAUUGAAACUGCAUUACAGUAUUUGAAAUGAAGCAACACUGGAGGGUAGGCUAAAUCUCUGUGGUUUGUUUCAUCUCUUCAUUCUCAUCAUCUUGUGCUUUAAAGAGCAUGGAGCUGUAAAUGAAGUUGUCUUUAAGCACUGACUGCAUUUCCCAGUCAUGUUAUGUUUACAGAUACAAAGGAUGUGUCAUAAGGGCAGACUCAAGCCUGGUAGGAUGCACAGCCUGGCCCUUGAGAGCUGCAUUACCUCAAUUAUCAGAGUACCACAUCCUGGAGAGCAGCUGCCUUCCAGUACUAAUGCUGAUACCAGGUUGAGAACAAUGUACCUUGGAUGCUGCAUCCAAGAUCUGUAUCUGUUAAGUGUUCUAUUACAGCAGUACUCUGUCAAAAAACAGUCAUGGCUGCUGGGAGUCCAUUAAGUUGGCCAAGGGGAGUUGGGAAUUUUUAACUUUUUGAGGACGUGGGUGGGAAAACAGAGCCAAUGAAUCUGAAAGUUGUUAGAAUGUAAUACUUCAUAGCCUCUCCCAUGCCUCUGGAAGCCUCACCUCUGCUGGUACUCACCCAGGCCCUGUCUUGCCACUGUAGCUCUGUACUGUUACUUACUAACUGCCCAGUAACCUUCAGGACUGACAAGUUCUUUGACCGUGCACUGUGUCUCUACUCUGGGAACUGGGGAAAAAGGCAAAGUGGCUUUGGAAACUGGUAUGACAGUGUUUUCUAGGUAAUGGGCUCUGCUCACUGGUUUUCCUGGAACUCAAAACUCAGCAAAAAUCUUUUGACCUUUCUUUGCCCUAGAGUAUUCCCUCCUUGUUCUGUUCAUCUACAUUAUUACCAUGCCAAGGAUUUCUGAGUAAGGUGCCUGAAUUAUUCACCACUUAUUCAAAAAGCAGCAGGCAAGAAUUCCUGAGUCUUGAUCAUGUUGCAUUGUUUUUGUCAGGGCUGUAGUAUCACAAACAUUGCAAAACUGCCUAGCAAGUAAGUAUGGUCUCCUUGAAGAACUGAAACCUGGGUCAGAGGCUACAUGGGAGCUGAAUUCCCACUGAAUACAGCAAACGGGAGGCAGUAGCACUGUUCACAGUACAACACAGCUCAGCUAUGGAAAGGAGUAGGAUUACAUGACUGGUAAUGCUCUAGCUUAAACAAAACUGUCUUACCUGUACAGCAGGAUCUAGCCUAAAGCAUUUUAAUUUUUUUUUAAUGAAGAGAAUACUGAGGGAAGAAUUGUAAGAGGAUCCCUCUGUAAAUCAAAAGGAAAAAAAAAAAUCCCUGAAUUUGUUUUCAAUAAUGUACCAGAAUGCCUCAGCACCAGACUUAAUGUGAAGAAAUUAAGAUAAUUGUGGACUCAGUGUAGUACAAAAAAAAAAAAAUUAUACUGUCUGGGGAAAUGGUUGGCUGGGAGCCUAUGGAGCACAGCAGAAACUGUUUCAGCAGAGUUCAAUAUGAUCUGUUUCUGAGAAUCCCUGUGUGGCCCCCACAGUUAACACAGGAACCUAAUGGUGCCUGUAUAUUUAUAUAUUUUUUUGUGUUAAUAGUCAUAACUUAAGUUCAAAACCUGAACUAUAUAUAUUUUUGUCAGUAGUUUUGUUGGUUUUUUUUACCCUGGUUUACCUAUCAUGGCUUCUGCAUAUGACAACUUCUAACUGUGCAGCGCACACACCUGUUGUCCUUUUGUCCCAUGGUAGAGUAAUGGUAUUCAAACUGUGUAAAGCACUUUCAUGAUGUUUCCUGUGAAGAAAGCUGAAGAAAAUAAAUUUAUCUUAACAGCACCAACUGAA